UAUAGAGAAACACAAACACACACAAUACAGGGUCCUCCAUGUGUACUGUCAAAUCUCUCUCUCUCUCUCCCCUAUAUCUCUGAUUCUCUCCGUUCAUGAUUUCUGGGCCUCUGUUCUAUCUCAGCACGGAUAUUUGAUUCCACUGCCGACUUCUUGAAAAGAAAUGCUCCAGAAUUUUAAGAAUUGGAGGUGGAUUUGAUUGAAUUGAAGUCAUAAAAGAAAUGGAAGGUGAGAUAUUUUCAGGCAUGAGUAAUGGAACACAAGUAGACAGCAAAGUUUUGCAGACAUUUCAGAAGAGCUUUGGGCAAGUCCAAAACAUUUUGGACCAGAACAGAUUGUUAAUUAAUGAGAUCAAUCAGAAUCACGAGUCCAAAAUUCCAGACAAUUUGACCCGAAAUGUAGGUCUAAUUAGAGAGCUCAACAACAACAUUAGAAGGGUGGUUGAUGUCUAUUCAGAUCUGUCAAGCUCUUUUGCCAGAUCAAUGGAAGCUUCAUCAGAAGGGGAAUCAGCUGGGACUGCUAAGUCUGAUGGUAAAGGUAGUCAGAAGAAAACUCGGUCCAAUUAAUCGAUCAUGUGAACUCUUUGAUAAAUGCUGCACUCUCUCUAUGGAGAAACAAUAGAUUUUCAAUGUUUGAGUUGGUAAAAAUUCACCAAAAAAUGUAAACUUUUUGAAGUGUUAGUGAUCAUUUUGCCUUAGCUUCUUCAUUUUUAUUCUCACCAUUUUCUCUAGAAAUACUAGUUUGAUUCAUCUACCAUUGUGAUACUGUGUAACUGCUCAUGUCAUCAAAUCAAGCAUGCCACUGUUGUCAAAAUCUGC